UUCCUCAUUAUGUCGGUAUUUGUAAAUAAUUAGUGUGGUAAACCUGAUUGAUAAGCAGUUUUAGUUAUAAAAAAUGAUAAUAAUUUGUUUGGUCUUUCCCUGGCCGCCUGGCGCCUUGACGAAGUUUCGUUAUUUUCGAAGGAACGGUUUUCUAACAAAGUAACGUGUGUUUUUAGCACUGUGCUAACUAUAAAAAUUAAUAUUUAUUUUCAGUAUUUCUCUUAAUAUAUUGUUAAAUCAUAUAAUUUUCUUUAACUCAAUUUUUCGUAAAAACUUGUAACAAGGAAAGUUAGAUCUCGGUAUUAAUCCAGAUACAAAUUAUUUCUUCACUAAUUUGAACGUUUUCUACGAUGGAAAUUUCAACUAAUAAUAUAAAUAAUUUGGUGAAAUGCCUCCAAGCCACAUUAAGUCCUGAUCCAAGUGAACGAAAACAAGCUGAAAACUUCUUACUUUCAAUUGAAUGUAAUAAAAAUUAUCCAUUAUUAUUACUUCACAUUAUCAGUGCACCAAAUGAUGUGAAUGUGGAUUUGGUUAAGCAAAUUGGAUCAGUUACUUUUAAGAACUAUAUAAAACGAAAUUGGCCUAUUGAUGAAGACACAUUACAAAGCAAAAUUCAUCAAGAAGAUCGCUUAUUAAUUAAAGAACAGAUUGUGACUGUUAUGUUGAAUGCUCCAGAUGCUGUUCAAAAGCAGUUAAGUGAUGCUAUUUCACUUAUAGGAAAAUAUGAUUUCCCUGAUAAUUGGCCAAAUUUAUUGACAACAAUUAUUGAAAACUUUGCUGCAUUUGCUAAUGCGCCAACUAGUGAUCUAGCACCUAUCAAUGGAGCAUUAGAGACAGCGCACUCUUUGUUUAGAAAAUAUAGAUUUGAGCUUAAAUCUCAGAAGCUUUGGACAGAAAUAAAAUUUGUGUUAGACACCUUAGCUAAACCUCUUACUGAAUUAUUUGUUCUUACUAUGAAUUUAUGUGAAGUGUCAAAGGAUCCUAAAGUUUUUAAUGUAAUACUUGUACUGACUAAAAUAUUUUAUUCGUUAAAUUAUCAGGAUCUUCCAGAAUUUUUUGAGGAUAAUAUGCAAAUUUGGAUUAGUAAUUUCCAAAAAUUGCUAGAAUUAGAAAUUAAAGAAUUAGAAACUCAGAGCGAUGACGAAACUGGUAUAUUACAUCAAAUUCAAUCACAAAUUUGUGAAAAUAUAUCGUUAUAUGCACAAAAAUAUGAAGAGGAGUUUUCAUCUUAUAUGCGAUCAUUAGUUACAAUUAUUUGGAAAUUAUUGAUUAAAACUGGAUCACAACCAAAAUAUGACACACUUGUUAUAAAUGCCUUGCAAUUUUUGUCAACAACUGUUAUCAAGCCUCAGUAUCGUGAUCUCUUUGAUGAUCCAUCAGUUUUCUCAGCUAUCUGUGAAAAAGUUGCUAUUCCUAAUAUGCAAUUUAAAGCAUCAGAUGAGGAACUAUUUGAGGACAAUCCAGAAGAAUAUAUUCGAAGAGACAUUGAAGGAUCUGAUGUGGAUACUAGAAGAAGAGCGGCAUGCGAUUUAGUUAAAGCACUUUCUAAAGAGUUUGAACAAGUUACUAUGUCUUCAUUUGGUUUAUAUGUGAAAGUAAGAUUAUUUAGUUCUAUUUAAAUUAUAAAAAAAAAAGUGUCACAGGCGACCCUCGGAAGAUGUGAAAACAAUAACAAAUAUA